AUUUACAACUUUCCUUUCCACAUAUCGUACAUAGAUAUCUUUCCUAAGAAAGAAACUGAUUCUUUAGAUUUUCUUUGCGUAUUGUCGCUGUCCUCUCUUUUAUUUAUCGAUCUAUUCAUCGUGAAGGUUACAUACACAUUCUUUUAGUUAUUGAAUUCUCUCGUUAUAAAUCUACCGUCCCAAUUACAAUUACAUUUUCAAACGUCAAAUCAAUACAAUACAAUACUUGCGAAAGAUUCCAAAACCCAACCUCAUCUCCAUUCCAUACCAAUUUAACCACCCCCUCCCUCAACGCCAACCGCAAAAAUGCAAACUCCAACUCUCCUCACCAUCUCUCUCCUCUUCCUCUCCAACGCGCUCUCCGUAACCGCCACUCCUCCCGCAUGUCUCCUCGCAGCCAUCAACGUUCAAUCCGAUCCCUCCAAUCUCAAGGCUCUUUGCGGAACAUUGGAACAUGCUGUUGCGGGCAACAUCACGGAUAAAUGUUCGGGGGAUAAUUACAAGGAGGCCGUGAGCUCUUACCAAGCCACAUGUUUUGAGGGCGCGGGAGUUAACAUUACCAUCACAUCCUCCUCCGCCUCCGCCACAGGCACAAACACAGCAUCCGUCUCUGGCUCUAGCUCCGGCUCCACAAGCGCAACAGCAACCGGAAGCGGAGCAAAAGCUACCGGAACCGCUUCCGCAACUGGAUCGAGUGGAUCGAGCGCUAGCGCAACAGGAAGCACGACUGGUGCAAGCGCAGCUACGGCGACGGGUGGCGCGGGAGUUUUGGUUGUUCCGGGAUUCUUGGGAGUUGUGGGAUUCGUUGGCGCGGUUUUGUUGUAGGGAGCAGAGAAGUUUGAUUGUAUUGGGGGGGGCUAAAGUCGACGUGGAGGGGAAAUCGUAGCCAGGUGCUAGAUGGGGUAGAAGAGGAUGGUUUAGAGGAGGUGAUGCGGUUUGAGAGGUGGGAGAAGUGAAUUUGUGCAUAUUUCAGAGAUACCAGGAUAGUUUCUUUACGAUUGUAGUUAGUGGAGCGAAGUUUGAGAUGGCAUAGAUAGUUCAUUAAAUCGAAAAUGUUCAAUUGUGUUUUG